GGAAACAGGAGGCAACAGAAUGAAAGAAACAACAACAUUCGUUACGAAUUGAUGUGGUAAAUGAUUGAUUCCAAGACGAUUUAGUGUUCCUCACAUUUACGAGUAGUUCUGAUUCAGCGAUUCAGAUACGAACCCAAACACAAGGGUUGAAAUUUCGUUCGGGGCCAAUGGAGUCUAAUGUUCAUAAAGCUUGUGCAGUAGCUGCGUGCCGAAAUCCAAACAAUGUGCGAUACCAUCGGUUUCCAACUGAUUCGAGUCAAUCCAAGUUAUGGGUAGAUGCGUGCAACCGGGCUGAUCACGUCAAUCCCAAAACCGCCGCGAUCUGUGAGCGACACUUUACCUCUGAAAGCUACCAGCGAGACAUGAGGAACGAGCUUCUCGGACUGCCUGUAAGGAAACGCCUGAAAAAAGAGGCUGUCCCAACUCUAGCCUUAAUGUCGAAUGAGGAUGAACCUCAAUUGAAUCGAAGUGAUCCCUCUGACAGUCUUGGCCUGACAACUCAAUCGACCAAAACUAUACGCAUAACAAAAAAACAGGCCAAAAUCCCCACCCAUGUUCAUUGCUCUGAAGAAGAUUUUUUAGAACCAACAAAAAAGUCUACUGGUGUCCAAUGUAAUAUUCUUACCCUAAAACAACAAAACAGUCUGAAAAGCCAAUUGGUGAAAAUCAAAGCAGAACUGAGAAGAGAACGUCUGAAGGUCAAGAGGUUGCAAUCACAAAAGCCAGAAGAUCCCAUCAAUGAGCAGGGUUUCCUCAAGAUUGAAAGUGAUAUGUGAUAUGUGAUUCUCGCCCGCCCUCUCCAACCAAUGGGAAGACUUCGUUUUUUGGUACGAUGUCUCACAACCACUUGGCACAAUUUGAUCGAAAUAACAUUGACAAUACCAAAAAAGCUGAAUACCGAGUACGAGUCCAAGGGGAUUUUUGUUACUGAUAUCAUCGGAAAGGUCAUUCGAGACGUAGAGGAAUUUGGAGCGGAUUGUUGUCUUUAAGAAAUACCAGAGUCAGUUCAGUUGUGAUCCAUCAUAAAUUGACCCGCAUAUACGGCCAUGUUUUGGGCGAGAAUCCUG